GGGGUGCUCCUGCCCCUCCUGGGCUGCCUUGGCGUCUCCUGGGUCGUUGUCUUCCUCUGCCUCAUCAAGGGCGUCAAGUCCUCGGGGAAGGUGGUGUACUUCACGGCCACCUUCCCCUACGUGGUGCUCACCAUCCUCUUCGUGCGUGGCAUAACACUGGAGGGGGCCCUCACCGGCAUCAUGUACUACCUGACGCCCCAGUGGGACAAGAUCCUCGACGCCAAGGUGUGGGGCGACGCGGCCUCGCAGAUCUUCUACUCGCUGGGUUGUGCCUGGGGCGGGCUCAUCACCAUGGCCUCCUACAACAAGUUCCACAACAACUGCUACCGGGACAGCAUCAUCAUCAGCAUCACCAACUGCGCCACCAGUGUCUACGCUGGCUUCGUCAUCUUCUCCAUCCUGGGCUUCAUGGCCAACCACCUGGGCGUGGACAUCUCCAAGGUGGCCGACCACGGCCCUGGCCUGGCCUUCGUCGCCUACCCCGAGGGUCUCACCUUGCUCCCCAUCUCACCCCUCUGGUCCAUCCUCUUCUUCUUCAUGCUCAUCCUCCUGGGGCUGGGUACACAGUUCUGCCUGCUGGAGACGCUGGUCACGGCCAUUGUGGACGAGGUGGGCAACGAGUGGAUCAUCCGCAGAAAGACCUUCGUGACGCUGGGGGUGGCUGUGUUCAUCCUGGUCUUCACAGUGAUCCAGUACCGGCCCAUCUCCUACAAUGACUACGUCUACCCCACCUGGGCCAUCAGCAUUGGCUUCCUCAUGGCGCUCUCCUCUGUCAUCUGCAUCCCCAUCUACGCCAUCUACAAAGUGUGCCGCUCUGAGGGGGACACACUGCUGGAGGUUGGAGAGUAA